AUGGGUUCAUUUGCCGGAAAGUGUGAAAUCGUUGAAGAGAAAGAAGACCACCAAAACUCAUUUACAUACUCCACAAGAUCACCAAUCAUUCCACAUUCCGGUUCAAGCCUCGUUGACGACAAGGACCUGGAGCGACCGGUACUAAAACUAGGUUACAGAGGGUCACUAGAAGAUGAUAUCAACCAACUCUUCGAGUCUAUAAGCAUUCGAACAUCCGGAAUGAUUCCUUCUUACCAACUCGGUGCAACCAGUAGCAGUAGAAACAACAACGGUCCUUUGCAGCGUAAUGCUCGAUCACCAAGCAAGACAGUAGCUGAGAUUAAAACAGUCUUUGAACCACCAGCGACGUUAAAACAGUCUUUGAGAGAUUUAUGCGUCACAAAGGCAUCGGAAACAGCAGCUAGCAAACGGACGACUCCUAAGCCUAGCGGCAGAGCUGGUGAAGAAGGAAAAGCUGUUCUCGUCGAGUUACUAGACGAGGCUCAAAGAAGUUCAACAGAGAGUAGCAUAGCGCAGCAGCUACGUCUUCUUAAGAUACAUUCUUCGAGCCAAAGCUCUAUGUAUUGCGAUGAGAUGGUCUUAAAGAAAGACAAGAACUGGUCUCUUGAUGACGCGGAGUUGAGUAUGGCUAAGAGGAGCUUCGGUUCACUAAGAUCAGUGAACAAUAAGACAGUGGUUGGAUUGAAGUCAGUUAGGAAAGUGAAGCUGUUGUAUGCUAAUACACCGACUUCAACCAUAGUUAAUGGUAAGAGAGUGGCUAAGUUAACCAGAACCAUUCCACGUGGCGGUGGAGGAGCUAAACCGGCCCUAAGGAGUAAAGAUUCCUUGAAGAAGAAGAAAGAGGAUACAAAUGUGUAUGAUGAAGUAGAUGGCUUCUAUGAUCCCAUUGCAAAGGAGCUUCUCUGCCAUAGAUGCCAUUUCACUUUGAAGAACACUCCAACUAAAGACGAGCCUUCGAAAGAGUCUGUUCUUGAGCCGAAGACAAGUGUUAAGGAAGGAUGCUUAGAUGAAAUGGCUUCUGAUUUCUCCAGCUCAAGCUAUGAGAGCUCUCAUGAGAUCAGUGAGACCAAACUUGACAAGAAUAAGAUAAGAAGGUCUCUGGAAUUAUCGAAUCCAGAGACCUCUCAGGGCUCACUAGGGUUUGAAUUCGGUAGUAAAACCCUAGUGAAACGUGUUGAGGAAGAUAUUCUAUCCGGCAAAGAAGCUGAACAGAAGGAUUCUGUCUACAUGUCGGAACAGAGUGUGGAGAUUGGUUCUUUCAGUGAGAAAUCUGUUGUAAUGAAUCCAGAUAGUCCUCCGAACAAACUCAUCUUAGACAGAGCAGCCACUGAAGAUGUCAACGAGAACUCUGAAACCGAAAACAAAUACAACAGCUCAAGCACUAGCGAGGAAGAACAAGAACAAGGACAAAGCAGUGAUAUAAUUACAAGAUCUAGCUUCGGAAACAGACCACAUAUGUCUAAGGACGUGAGAUGGGAAGCUAUUCAGCAUAUAAGGGCACAGCACGGGCUCGGUUCAUUGGGACUUAGACAUUUCAAUCUUCUCAAAAAGCUCGGUUGUGGAGAUAUAGGAACUGUUUAUCUGGCUGAGCUCACGGGAACAAACUGCUUGUUCGCUAUAAAGGUGAUGGAUAAUGAGUUCUUGGAGAGAAGGAACAAGAUGUCUAGGGCGCAAACCGAGAAAGAUAUUCUCAAAAUGCUUGAUCACCCGUUUCUUCCGACGUUAUACGCUCACUUCGUUUCAGAUAACUUGUCUUGUCUGGUUAUGGAAUGUUGUCCGGGAGGUGACUUGCAUGUCCUAAGGCAGAAACAGCCCGGGAGGUGGUUUCCCGAACCAGCGGCUAGGUUCUACGUGGCAGAGGUGCUUCUUGCGUUGGAGUAUUUGCAUAUGUUAGGGGUUAUAUAUCGUGACUUGAAGCCAGAGAACAUUUUGGUACGUGACGAUGGACACAUUAUGGUAACAGAUUUUGAUCUCUCCUUAAGGUGUACCGUGAGUCCCACGCUUCUAAACUCAUCAUCUCCUCUCCAUGGAGAUGCCAUGAUGAGACUCUCUUCAGGUAGCCGCACUGGAUCUAGCUGCAUCGAGCCAUCUUGUUUCCGACCUAAACUCUCCCGCGGGAACAAGAAAAAAGCCAAACAACACCGUGUAAUGAUGAAAAAACUCAAAAAAUCCGACCUAACCGCGCGGUUCAAGUCGUUACCUCAGCUGGUCGCGGAACCGACAGAUGCGAGAUCAAACUCUUUUGUCGGAACACACGAGUAUCUCGCCCCCGAGAUCAUCAAAGGAGAAGGUCACGGCGCAGCGGUUGACUGGUGGACGUUUGGGAUCUUUCUAUACGAGUUGCUUUACGGGAAAACACCGUUCAAAGGAGCUAGUAAUGAAGAGACGAUAGCUAACGUUGUGCGUCAGAGCUUGAAGUUUCCUGAUAACCCUAACGUGAGUUUCCAAGCUAAGGAUCUUAUAAAAGGGUUGUUGGUUAAGGAGCCUGAGAACCGGUUAGGGACGGAGAAAGGAGCAGCGGAGAUAAAACGGCACGCGUUCUUCGAAGGAUUGAACUGGGCGUUGAUACGGUGUGCGAUACCGCCUGAGCUUCCGGAUUUUUAUGACUAUGGAGUACCGAAUCAUGAAGGGAAAAGUAAUUACUUGGAUUGCAAGGCAGUUGGGGAACAUCUUGAGUUUGAGUUAUUCUAGAAAGGACUGUUCAGUAAAGAGAGAUGCAGAAGCUUUCCGCAGCUUAAGCAUCUCUUCUAUCGCAGGUUAUGUAAUCACUUUGCGGGGAUUAUUAAUUUUAUUUUGUAAUGGUUUUGCUAAACAAUGUUG